GAGUGUAGUCGUACAAUCGUAUUACACUCACGACGCCACCGUCAUGAGCACCUACCUCACAGUAUUCCGCCGUGACAACCACUGCUCUUCACGAGGCAGGGUCGAAUCACCUUCCUCCCAUUCACACCUACUUUUUCUCUUCCCACCAGCGCCUUUCAACCUCCCAAACCCAACUCGAACAACCGCCACCACUUCUUCCCCUCCUUCCUUCCUUCCUUCCUUCCUUUCUUCCUCCUCUACUCCUCCUCUGUUAAUCUCCUCCAGUCCUCUCUCUCUGUUCAUAUAUCCAUCUCCUCCUCCGCUCACCACCGCCCCACGCACCGAGUCCAAUGGAGACCUCCUUCCGUCUGCUCCUCCACAACAAACAAUAUCUGGUGUCUACCUACCUCUACCUAGAGUACCUCUAGGCAACCAGACAGACCCUCUUAAAAACCUCAAACGCGACACGGGUCACGGACCACCCCACCGACCAUCACAAGGACGGCAAUUUCGAGUUCGGUUACGGUAGUAGUGUUUGGUCAGCAGCCUGCGCCCCCCCCCAAAACCGGGACUGGGACAUGCGUACGGGCGGUGCAGUGCGGCGCUCGUGUGUGUGUGCGGCAGUUCCUGUCCUGACCACCAACUUGCGCGGGGGUUCACAGUUAUUAUGUGUAGGUAAGGGAAGUAGCAUGUGUGAGGUUAGGUAUUUGAAGGAGAGGAUAAAUGCGAGAAAGAGGGAUUUAGGGGGAGGUGGGGAUAUGUGAAGGGGACGCGCAUGCCCGGUAGGUAGGUUGGUGAAGUUGAGGGGGGGGAGGAAGUAGAGGAAUUUAAAGUCUUUGGGUGAUGCUGAGGAUGGGGCAGUAUAUGGGGUUCGUUGAGUGAGGCUGUGAUGGGGGUUAAUAAGGAAGGAUUUGAGGAGGAUUUGGAGGGCGUGGGAGGCGAUGAAGGGGGGGGGGGGGGUAAUGUAGUGAGGUGGAGGAUCGGAGCUAGGAUUGAGGUCUGGCUUUGAGAACAAGUCUCAUGU